AUGGACUCAACGCGCUCAAAUAGCAAGUUAUCACAAGAACACGUCCAUAAACCAGACGAAGCUAUUCAGUGUCAGCUCCUUCGGCACACCUCACCUCCUCCUAGCCCACCCACCCUCAACACGACCAUGGCCGAUCCCACAACCGCCACCACUACCGCGCAAGCCCCGCAGGAAAAGAAACAGGACGCAAUCGUGGCCAUCGAAACGCCGCCGGCCUUCGACGACCUGCUCUCUGGUAACACCUACGUCGUCGUCGACUUUUACGCCGCGUGGUGCGGGCCAUGCCGUACCAUCGCACCGGCCUUUGCACAGCUGGCCGCCGCACACGCGGCCCCGGGUAGCAUCGUCUUCGCAAAGGUCGACGUCGACGCUGUGCCCGACGUGGCCAGCCGCUACCGCGUGACCACCCUACCGAACUUCACCCUUAUCAGGGGCGGCGAGUCAUUCCAGGAGGUCAAGGGCGCGUACCCGGCGCAGCUCCGGAGUGCGGUAGAGGCGAUGGUGAAGGAAGCCAAAAAGAAGGGCGGAGAGGAGGGGAACGCGGUAAAGAAGGCCUUGGAGGACGAGAAUCGGCGAGUCGGGGUAUUUGUCUGGAUCUGGACGGGGUGCAAAUGGGGCUCGCGUUCAAGUGGGCUCAUGACGAUAAGGCUGCGAAGUGUCAGGGAAUUGUAA